CCAUCACGUGAAUUUCUGAUUAAUAAAUAACGGAAUAAGUCUCUGUUUUGUUGAUGCUAAGCUAAUCUCUCUCUUUAGUCUUUACAUAGACAGUAGCAAUAUUUGAAGUUAAGCUAUCGACGAACGUCGCCACCUGCUCUUUGUCUGUUUACUCUUUGUUUCAACGAUUCCUUUGUGAGAGGAAAUGUUGGGUAACUGCGAGAAGAUGGUUGUAAUCUCUCCAACUACUAACGAAUGGCCACAGAAUCAUCAGAUAGAUGAGAAAAGCUUGAUGCCAUCUACAAGUAAACUAAUGGAGAAACGAGGCCAAGAAUUAUCACAACCACAACAACUCCACCACCAACAGCAACAGCAACAGCAACAGCAGCAGCACCAACCGCCACAACAAGCUCUCAAGUGUCCGCGCUGUGACUCUUCAAACACCAAGUUCUGUUACUACAAUAACUACAGCUUAUCUCAGCCUAGGCACUUCUGCAAAGCUUGUAAGCGGUACUGGACCAGAGGUGGAACUUUGAGAAAUGUUCCGGUAGGCGGUGGUUGCCGGAAGAAUAAGCGGGUUAAAAGGCCAGCCUCCGCCGUUGAAGGAGCUACUACUUCAGCUUCUAGUGCUGCUAACCCUAAUAACCAUCCUUCACAAACCCCAAUUGAUAUUUCUUCAACUUCCAAUCAUAGCAAUCCUUUGUUUUAUGGGUUAACAGCGAACCCAUCUGAAGUGAACCUUUCAUUCCCUGGAACGUUUAAUUCAAGAGUGUCAUCAAAUAUGGAUAUUGUUUCCGGCUACGAUCUCCAGCCUCAGUUGAAUGCUCUUGCAUUAGGGUUUUCAACAAAUAAUGGUGGGUUUAAUCCAAGCAAGCAAAUCCAAGAUGUGGUUACUUCUUCAACUUCUUUGCUCUCAAAUUAUUCAAAUCUCUUUGGUUCCUCUAAUUCUUUAACAGCUACAGCUUCUCCAACUAUGGCUACUUUGCUUGCUUCUAGCCUCCACCAACAAAAGUUCAGCAUCAAAGAUGCUAGAGCUGCUCUUAACCACUAUCAGAGUUUAACAUCUUUUCAAGACUUGCAAAUGAGUGGCAAUAAUAAUGAAUCCGCUGGUAUUGCAACGAAAGAAGUGAAAAUUGAACAAGACCACAGCAGAUUGGACUGGAAUAUGCCAUGCCAGAAUCAGAUAGAUCAAAUUGGCUUCUCAUCGUCAGAUCCUUCACUUUAUUGGAAUACGAGCACAAGCAGUGUCGGUGCAUGGCAUGAUCCAGGGAAUAUUGGGUCUUCAGUCACUUCUUUGAUCUAGCCAUAACCAAAGGAAUAUCUUUCAAUUCAUCUCCCUCUUGUUUUCUUUAAUUUUUCAAUAAUCUUGGUCUCUUUCUUUUAGCUUAAUUAGGAUUUUUUCUUGGGUUGGUUAAUUACAAACCAAAAAAGAUUCAAAAAGAAAAAAAAAAGUGAAGUUUGGUACUGAUGCAAAUAAUUAUUGUAGUUGAGAGGAGCCUGGAUCGGAGAGAUCAUGUCAGCAGCAGAAAAAAAUCAGCCUAUAAGUUUUUAUUUUGAAGGUUGAGAAUCCCUAAUUGCGCUGAGAGGAACCUCGGAUCCUCUUCCAUCUCAUCAUGUACUCAUGAGCUACCAUCAUGAAUCAUCAUCAUCAUCAUCAUCUGCACAGUGUUGGAGAGAAAGGAUCAACUGUUCGGUGCAACAUUUCUUUGUAUCAGUAAGUUGGUCUUAGUUAAUUAUUAUUACUUUAAUUUUGUAUGUAUAUAUAAUGCAUGACAUUUACUCCUUUCUUUCUAAUGUACUUGUUAGUAGAUUGGGGUUUCUGGUUGGGGGAUAUAUGUUACCUUAAUCCUCUAAAUGAGGGAGGCACUGAUGAUUUUUCUUUCUUUUUUCUUUUUCCUUUGAAAUACUUUAUAUUUGGGUUUCUGGUUAAAUUGGGUAUAAUUAAGUGGUAUAGGAAAAGAGGGAGAUUUGGUUUUGGAACGUGAGUUUCUUUUUACUUCUUGGUUUAUGUGGUGAUUAUUCAUUAUCAUUAUUGGGUUUUCUACUCUUGGUUA